AAAAUCAACGGCAUGCUCGAUGAGUGGCACAACAAAGGAUACAUAGACGGACGCACGCAGAGAAGGUUGAAGGAGUCAAGCUGCAACCCACCGCGAAUCUAUGGACUACCGAAGACGCACAAAGAAAACAGGCCACUCCGUCCGGUUGUGUCAACGAUUGGCUCAGCUACGUACAACAUAGCUAAAUACCUGUCGGACAUAAUCGGUAACAUAGUCGGCAAACACGACUCCCACGUCCGCAAUAGUUUCGAUUUCGCCAGUGAAAUAACAGGGUUCCAGACGGACGAGAACGAGGUGCUUUUUUCGUUAGAUGUGGUUUCACUGUAUACGAACGUACCAGUCGAUUUCGCUCUACGAUGCCUCGAGGAGCGGUGGGAAGAAGUGGAGCAGCACACGAAUAUCGACAAAACGGACUUCGUGGCCGCAGUGAAGCUAGUAUUGGAAUCGACGUUCUUCGUGUACCAGGGUGAUGUAUACGGACAGACAUUCGGUGUACCCAUGGGUUCGCCAUUAUCACCAGUAAUUUCCAAUGUGGUGAUGGAAAAAUUGGAACAGGAGUGCAGGAUGCAGCUAGAGGAGAAAGGUAUACAUCUGAAGCUGUACCGUAGAUACGUGGACGACUGCAUGUGUAUAGCUAGAAGUGAGCACAUCCAAACGAUCGUGGAUACGUUCAAUAGUUUUCACGAUCGUCUCCAGUUUACUGUUGAAAUGGAAGUGGGAGGGAAAAUAAAGUUUCUUGACAUGAUGUUGGAACGGGCGGAUGACCAAAUAAAUACAUCUUGGCUUCCGAAACAUUCUAACGGAAGGUACCUGGACUAUACGUCCAAAAGCCCGUUCCAACAUAAACAAAAUACCGCGAUCGCGCUAAUUGAUCGCGCCAUUAAGUUAACAUGUGGGGCGAAGCGGGAAGAAACGUUAAAACAAGCAACACAAAUCCUAGAAAGAAACAACUACCCCUCCUGGUUCAUACAGAAACUAAAAAGACUCCGCAUACACAAACACUACAACACCUUGGAGGCCGACAACCGAACUACACUCCCACAGAAAUAUGUUUCCGCCCCUUAUGUGCCUGGUCUUAGCGAAAAGUUGAGGAAAGUCUUAAGAAAAAAUGACGUCACUCUUGCUUCUAGACCGCAAAACAAAAUAAAAAACCAAAUAUUCAGCAAACUGAAGGACCCUAUUCCACCAGGGAAACAGAAGAACGUGGUGUACUGUAUACCAUGUGGGGCUGACGAGAAGGUGUACAUCGGCCAAACCAAAAGGAUGCUAGAAGUAAGAGUGGCGGAACACAAGAGUGACUGCCGAGGUAGAAACCCGAAAUCGGGCCUGGCAGUCCACAAAAUGGAAGAAGGACAUAUCUUCAACUUCGAUCAAGUGAAGAUUUUGGAUCGAAUCCAAGACCAGGCAACCAGGAACAUAGCAGAGGUGUUUCAUAUUAAGAAGAGAGGCGAAGAUCUCACUGUGAACCUACAGAGAGAGUGUGGGAACUUCAACUCGGCUUACAACGGGCUUUUAGCUCAGUUGCGAAGACAACCGUGAGAGCAAAACUGCGUGUAUGAGAGAAUGAGUGAAACAGCAUAAUGGGUGAAAGUUGGGUGAAAGUAGGCAUGAGAUGGGUGUUGUAAAUUAGUAUUAUAUAACUGACGAAGUUGAAGGGGUGAUUCCAGCUGAAUGCGUCUGAUGAUGACCGAAGAAUAGUAGGUCGAAACGCGUCACGCAAAAUAAGCUGUUUCCGUUAUUUUUCACCGAUAAUUGCCAAUAAAACCGCAUAAUAAUUUUUCAAGAAUCCUAGAAACAAAAAAUCUUGAAAUGUUAGGGAGCUUUAAUGAUUCAGUUGACAUUCAAUACAAUACAUUUCAAAACGUUUGAUUAAUAAAUAAAAUUAAUAAAAAAAUCGCCCCCUUUUUAGUAUUUUCGCCCCCCAAUUUUGGUUUAUUUCAAAUUUUCGCCCCCUUCGACCUGGUUUUCGCCCCCUAGGGGGCGAUUUCGCCCACUUUGGGAAUCACCGGUCUAGACUCUAGAACAUCUUUGAAAAGUACAUCUCUAAACAACUAUGCUCCAUGGACCUGUACAAUGUUACACAUACGCAUAAGUAUUAUGUAGCAUCAAUUUUUUUGAUUAUGCUUGUAGAACUUAAGGCCACCACUCGUGGAAAUUUAUGGAAGAUCUAAAACAUUUUUGACAACUAGUUCUUCGUAGAAUAAUGCUUUAUGCUUUACUCCACCAAGGUCACUUCGUAUUUCAAUCAGAAGCAUAAUAUUUUCCGGUUAUGUUAACUUAUCAGAUUACUAUGCUCUCAACUUGAGAGAGAUAGCAAUUAACAUAAUAAGUUUUGACUUUUAAAGAAAUUCCUCUCUAUUUGAUUGCUUAACAUUUGUGUACAAUAAUGUUCAAAUCACAGCUGAUACAUAAAUCAGCUUUCUGUAUGCUUUUCAUAAGGCGCUGUCACUCCACCCUUAGAGACUACAAUGUUUAUGGAAGGGCUCAAAUGUGAAAUGACAUAUCUGAUGGAGCACGAAUGAUGGAGAGAGAGCACAAGUGAAUCGCUUCGAAAAUGCCUUAACUUUGCAAAGAUAUUGAUUUUGAAUUAUGUCACUCCUUACA